AUGCCACUGAAGGUCGGGGACAUCUGCGAGAAUUGCAGAAAGCACAUUUAUCAACGAGGCCAGUGUGGUGAUACCCCUUGUCAGAAGUGCUUGCCACCUGGUCAACUCUUGAAGACGUGCAGCAAUUGCAGGUUCAUUCGGUACUGUAGCAAGACGUGCCAGAAGGGGGAUUGGGCUAUACACAAGAUCGGUUGUCGUGUCGCUUGCAAUAUACAGGAUAUGCAGAAGCAGCUCUCUGCAGAGACGCGGGCCAACUACAAGUCCUUUGUGGAGUGGUGCACAGAUACUGGCCCGUUUAGUCAUGCCGCAAUUAGCGCUCUCGGGCUUCAUUCUGACAUGAAGAGAAUCGACGACUAUGCCUUCCUGGUUGACGUGGCAACAACCUCCACAAUGACAAGACACAAACUUAUUGACGACGGGGAGAAGGUCCAGUUCAUCUUCCGAUUCACCCAUGCAAUUCAGUCGGCCAGAUGUGCCUCUAUGGAAGAGACGCACACCAUGUUGGACUGGCGAUUUACUGCAGGUGCCCAAGCCACUGAAAUGACUCUGGCGCAUCGCCCCGGUUUAAUGCGCAUAUAUUUCACGAACAAAGCUUUUCCUUUCCCGCUUGACGGUUACACCACCCCCAUUGAUAUUGGGCCUGCCAUCAUUGUGGAUAUACCUUAUGAUCCUAACUGGUUGGCGACGCUGCGUUCCCGGAAGGACAUGCCGAUCCCACCCGGUAUUCAGGGUUCUUACGAAGAGCUUAUGUCCAGAAUAUGUGCUUGA